UUGAGUCUUUUUGUUAUCGCAAAAACCACCGAGCGAAGCGGCGUCUGAGCGGAAGAACAACACUGGAGAACAAACUUAAAAACCCCGCUAGGCUCCAGGAUCUGCUCAAUAUCCUCACACAGACAGCAUUAUGGAGGAGGAAGAGGGCCCUGUAGAAGGGGAGGUGGAGACCCGCUUUGCUGCAGAGACUUAUGCAGCUGAAGCCAUGGCUGCAGAUAUGGACCCCUGGAUUGUGUUUGACUCGAGGAGAACUCCCAGAUCUGAGUUUGACGGCUGGUUGGAGAGCAACAGGCCCUCACAGGUGUACAGGUUUGGAGAUGAGGAAGGGGGUGUCAGCCCCGUAGGGUGGAUUGCAGUGCUGGGCACAAACCACUGCCCGAGUGGCGGGGAUGUCGCAGGCCUCCAGGAGAGCUGGGAGAAACUUUCAGCCAGUGGCCGACCCAUCUCCUUCCAGACAGUGAAAGAGUUGGCCCUUAACCACGGAGUGCUCACAGGAAAGUGGCUCAUGCACUUGGACCCUGGCUUCAAGUUGGACAAUGCCUGGGAGUGUGUGGCCAGAGCAGCCCUGGAUGGAAAGAUCUCUCUCGUUAAAGUCAGCCCCAAUAAUCCCAAGGAAGGGGGGAGACAGGUGAUAUGCGCCUAUAAUCAGAACUUCACGGAGGAGAAUGAGGUUAUAAGGCUGGACUCGGUCAUCCGUGCCACAGGUGUCAAAUGCCCUCUCACCUACAAGCCGGACGUGUACACAUACCUGGGGAUCUACCGCAACAACCGCUGGAAGAUUUGCCCCACCAUCUACGAGAGCAAAUUUGACCUGGAGUGCGUACCCAGGCGUUCACACAUUGUAAACAAAGUUACCAACCUCGAAGUCACAUAAGCCUGUUGGGAGAAGAGGAUAGUUUUUGAAGGACAAAUAAUGGAGUAGGCACUUAGUGAUGAGUUGAUGAUUGAAAUCAUUUUGAAAGUAAGUGGUUGAGUUUCGACCACGAGUUCUUCCUUCUUUGUUGCAACAAUAAGUCUUAUUCUGUGAUCUUUUCAAAGCGACAUGAGGUAUCGUCCUUUUUUUUAUUUGUAUUCAAUCUAUUGCAUUCAUGAGUACUAUGAGUUUUCGUAUUCUUGAGGUUUUACCUUCAACACUUGAACACUUACCUGACGGACAAGGUGUCUGAAGAGAUCUUUGAUUUGUAAGCCGGGAGGAGAAUCCGCCUCCCAUGAAGAAUUUUCCUCUUUUACAGUUUACAUUCGUUCUGGCUUUAUAUAUAUAUUUUGGGUUUGUACUGAAUCAAGAUAACAAGAGUUGCCAAAUAAAGUCAGCCUUUCAACGCCA